AUGGGGCUUAGAUUUUGGGCCUUCGACUCAGCAGUGGCAAAAGCCCUGGAGCGCCACAGAGGUGAAAUACAGGCUGAGCAGGACAGAAAGGUGGAGGAAGUCAGAGAUGCCAUGGAGAAUGAAAUGAGGACCCAGCUUCGACGACAGGCCGCUGCCCACACUGAUCAUCUCCGAGAUGUCCUCAAGGUGCAAGAACAGGAACUGAAGUACGAAUUUGAGCAGGGCCUGUCUGAGAAACUGUCUGAACAAGAGUUAGAAUUUCGUCGACGCAGUCAAGAACAAGUUGACAACUUUACUCUGGACAUAAACACUGCCUAUGCCAGAUUGAGGGGAAUAGAGCAGGCUGUUCAGAGUCAUGCAGUUGCUGAAGAAGAAGCCAGAAAAGCCCACCAGCUCUGGCUUUCAGUGGAGGCAUUAAAGUACAGCAUGAAGACUUCAUCUGCAGAAACACCUACCGUCCCACUGGGGAGUGCCGUUGAGGCCAUCAGAGUCAACUGUUCUGAUAAUGAAUUUACCCAGGCUUUAACUGCAGCCAUUCCUCCAGAAUCCCUGACCAGGGGGGUAUACAGUGAAGAGACCCUAAGAGCCCGUUUCUAUGCUGUUCAAAAACAAGCCCGAAGGGUAGUGUACCAAUACUUCCUUUCCUCCUUGCAGUCCCUGCUCCUGUUUCCGCCUAAGCAGCUGAAGCCACCGACAGAGCUCUACCCCGAGGAUAUAAACACAUUUAAAUUGCUCUCUUAUGCUUCUUAUUGUAUUGAGCAUGGUGACCUGGAGCUGGUGGCAAAGUUUGUCAAUCAGCUAAAAGGGGAGUCCAGAAGAGUGGCACAGGACUGGCUGAAGGAGGCCCGAAUGACCCUAGAAACUAAGCAGAUAGUGGAGAUCCUGACUGCAUACGCCAGCGCCGUAGGAAUAGGAACCACUCAAGUGCAGCAAGAGUAA